AUGAGAAGCCUGCCUCCGGUUCUGGUGGCCGAUAUCCGCCAUGCCUUCUACGCCUGCUCACGCCAGCAUGCUGCCUCAAGACGAGCUGGUUUCAGCACUUUCAAGCGCCAACUGAAAGGGUCUGAACCAAGGAAGAAUGAGAAUCUACCCAUCCAAGUCGUUCACAGUCGGCUACAGGCCCAAAAAAAGGACAAUGCCCAACCGUCAGAGCCUUCAGUUGCGCCGUCGCCAGAGGACAGGGAACUGGUUCUACGACCAGACGAGGCCACAUCUCUCGACAGUGGCCGCAAGAUUUCAGUGCCUCUCAAGGUCAUCCCCAAGGCCGACAUCGCCCCUGGUCUGAGGUUGUCUCCGAAGGAGCGGCUUCACAUCGAGCAGCUGACAAGGAAGCUGCCUCCUCGGCCGGAGCCCAAAGUGUACAAGAGGAGAAUUCGUAUAUACACGGCGGGCAACGGGAGAAUAUACAUGCUUACCUUCCUCCGCUUCACCAGCAUAAUGGCCCUCGCUUUUGUCACUAUCAUAGUAGCUCCAGCCCACUGGGUCAGUGGCAGCUCAAUGUGGACCGUCGCUGCCUUAUGGCUGGCUGGCGCCAUGCCCUUCGUAUGCAUAAACUGGGCUCUCAGGCCCAUGGUGACUGAGAUCUUUCUUCGACUACCACCGUCAGCUCAAGGCUCUCCUAAGCUGGCCAUGUCGUAUGCCACAAAUCUUCCGGCAGACGCUACCUUGGAAAUGAGGUUCAUGCGAUCAACUAUGAUCACGGAUGUCGUGUCAUUGAACGUCGCAAAUACGCGACCUGCAAAGAGUUUGCUGCGGCCUGUAAGCUUUGAAUGGGUAGGACCACUUGUCACUCGAGGCUUCUUUCUAAGGUCAAAUCCAACUCAGUUCUAUGUACGGCCCGAAUCAGCUGGUGGCAGGGCCGCACGAGAUGUCACUCCAGGUAUCUGGUCCAAGGUGUACGAACGAUUGACUGGGGUCGAUAGCAGCGUCACGUCCAAAUGGCGGCGAUGA